UGUUAGCUCCUAGAUAGCUGAGCGUUAGCGAGGCUGUUGUGACCUGGCUAAUGGUUUUAUUGCAGGUGUUAGCAUGCCGUAGCGGUUGUUGACUCAUCAUGGACAGCACCAGCACAGCCAUCUUCAUCACCGUUCAGAAGUUAUACUACCCCUUGCUAUGCAUUCUGGGUAUCCCAGCCAACCUGGUCACCUUCUACCUGAUCUUGGUGCGGAGGUGUGGCAUGUCGGACUCGGCCGUGGUGUACCUGAGCUGCCUGGCGGUGGUGGACUCCCUCUACCUGGUGUGGGUCAUCCUGCUGGACCUCACCCUCCACUUCUGGCUGCUGCAGCCCUUCUGGCACUCCUCGCCCUGGUGCGAGGUGCUGACCUUCCUGCAGCACGGCGCCCUCUACAGCUCCUCCUGGGUGGUGGUGGUGUUCACCGUCGAGCGCUACGUGGUGCUCAGCAGCACCGCCGCCGUGCGCCACCUGUCCCGCCCCCGCGUCCCCAGGAUCACCUGCGUUGCCGUGGUGAUGCUGUCCCACCUGGCGUCCGUGCCCAUGGCCUGGAUCAACGCCCCGACGCCCGUCAACUUCACGGUGGACGGGGCCAACGUCACGCUGCCGCGGUGCCGCUACCGCGACGAGGCGUACUCCACGGCGCUGGUGUGGGUCACCAGCAUCCUCUCCGUGGGCGUCCCCGUCGUCCUCCUCAUCAUCUUCAACUACCUGAUCGGGUACCACCUGAGCCGCGCCGGCCGGCUCUUCAGCCGCGAGGAGCAGCGGGUGAUGAGCGGCCGGACCACGCGCAGCCUGGUCCGCCGCUCCAUCCUGCUGCUCGGCACGGUGUCGGUGGCCUUCGUGGCGCUGAGCCUGCCGCGCUUCGUCACCUACUGCAUCCUGCGCACCGUGUACAACAGCCCCGCCUUCGACCGCAACGACUACGGCCUGCCCAUCAACGUGGCGGGCGACCUGGCCAACAUGCUGCACAACCUCAACUCCACCACCAACUUCCUGCUCUACUGCAUGGUCAGCCGCCGCUUCCGCCGGGAGCUGGUGGCGCUGCUGAGCUGCCGGCGCGCCCCGGGGGAGCCCAGCUCCGGGCCGACCAACACCUCCCUGGGCUGGGGGAGGGCCUACACCCUCCCCCAGCCCAAGGACCGCCCCCCGGGAGGCCCCUGGGUCGUGGUGCUCACCAACCUCCAGCACAAGCAGGACUAACCCUGACCCGGACAAGAACCAGGACUGAUACUAACCCCUACAAGAACCAGGACUGAUACUAACCCCUACAAGAACCAGGACUGAUACUAACCCCUACAAGAACCAGGACUGAUACUAACCCCUACAAGAACCAGGACUGAUACUAACCCCUACAAGAACCAGGACUGAUACUAACCCGGACAAGAACCAGGACUGAUACUAACCCGGACAAGAACCAGGACUGAUACUAACCCGGACAAGAACCAGGACUGAUACUAACCCCUACAAGAACCAGGACUGAUACUAACCCCUACAAGAACCAGGACUGAUACUAACCCCUACAAGAACCAGGACUGAUACUAACCCCUACAAGAACCAGGACUGAUACUAACCCCUACAAGAACCAGGACUGAUACUAACCCCUACAAGAACCAGGACUGAUACUAACCCCUACAAGAACCAGGACUGAUACUAACCCCUACAAGAACCAGGACUGAUACUAACCCGGACAAGAACCAGGACUGAUACUAACCCGGACAAGAACCAGGACUGAUACUAACCCGGACAAGAACCAGGACUGAUACUAACCCGGACAAGAACCAGGACUGAUACUAACCCCUACAAGAACCAGGACUGAUACUAACCCGGACAAGAACCAGGACUGAUACUAACCCCUACAAGAACCAGGACUGAUACUAACCCGGACAAGAACCAGGGCUGAUACUAACCCCUACAAGAACCAGGACUGAUACUAACCCGGACAAGAACCAGGACUGAUACUAACCCGGACAAGAACCAGGACUGAUACUAACCCGGACAAGAACCAGGACUGAUACUAACCCCUACAAGAACCAGGACUGAUACUAACCCGGACAAGAACCAGGACUGAUACUAACCCCUACAAGAACCAGGACUGAUACUAACCCGGACAAGAACCAGGGCUGAUACUAACCCGGACAAGAACCAGGACUGAUACUAACCCGGACAAGAACCAGGACUGAUACUAACCCGGACAAGAACCAGGACUGAUACUAACCCCUACAAGAACCAGGACUGAUACUAACCCGGACAAGAACCAGGACUGAUACUAACCCCUACAAGAACCAGGACUGAUACUAACCCCUACAAGAACCAGGACUGAUACUAACCCCUACAAGAACCAGGACUGAUACUAACCCCUACAAGAACCAGGACUGAUACUAACCCCUACAAGAACCAGGACUGAUACUAACCCGGACAAGAACCAGGACUGAUACUAACCCCUACAAGAACCAGGACUGAUACUAACCCCUACAAGAACCAGGACUGAUACUAACCCGGACAAGAACCAGGACUGAUACUAACCCCUACAAGAACCAGGACUGAUACUAACCCGGACAAGAACCAGGACUGAUACUAACCCCUACAAGAACCAGGACUGAUACUAACCCCUACAAGAACCAGGACUGAUACUAACCCCUACAAGAACCAGGACUGAUACUAACCCCUACAAGAACCUGGACUGAUACUAACCCCUACAAGAACCAGGACUGAUACUAACCCGCACAAGAACCAGGACUGAUACUAACCCCUACAAGAACCAGCACUGAUACUAACCCGCACAAGAACCAGGACUGAUACUAACCCGGACAAGAACCAGGACUGAUACUAACCCCUACAAGAACCAGGACUGAUACUAACCCCUACAAGAACCAGGACUGAUACUAACCCGCACAAGAACCAGGAUGGUAUACUAACCCCUACAAGAACCAGGACUGAUACUAACCCCUACAAGAACCAGGAUUAACCCUUGCCCAACAGAUUCAGGACUAAACUACCACUAAACCAGAACCUGGAUUUAACCAGAAACAGGACUUAGCUACAACUAAACCAGGACCAGGACUAAACUUGAACUAAACCAGAACUUAAUCAGAACCAGGAUUUAACCAGGACCAGCAUGAGUGCUAUUUUUAUUCUUCAUAAACGCCUGAACACACCUUAAUGUGGAGUACUAGUCUAACAUUUCUAACCAUUUACAUCUUUCUUUUGAUUGUCAUUUGCAUUAUUUGUAUUAUUUGAUCCUUAUUAUUAUUAUUAGUUAUUAUUAGUUCAUUCAGUAUUUUAAUUUAAAUAGUUUUGUAUAUGCUUAUUAC